CUCAGGGGCUUUGGAGAUACAGUUGAUUUUGACAUCCUGUGCAUGUACUUAUUUUUACCUAUUUUCUCUGUACUCUAUUUUAGACUUUUAUCCUUUUGAACUUUCCAUGCCUUUGGAGUCAUCAUCAAAGAAUAGCAAAAAAAAAAAUCACUCUCCACUAACACUGCCAUGGAUUUGCUUAAAGCCAUCAACACUCCUUUAACUACCGGCUCCAAAUCAUCUAAAAGGACUUUGGAAAAAUCAUCUCAUUCUUCAUUCAGUGCUCCCAGUUAUUCAGAGGGUAAGAAAGAACAUCACAAGAAGAAGCUGAGUGGAAGCAGCGAUCCACCCUUGGAUGAUGGUACUUUCCACAAGUCUAAAAAAAUAAAACCACCAUAUGUAAACUCUGAAAUGUUGACCUUACGUGAGCCUGAUGGCUUAAAAAUGAAGCUAAUCCUCUCACCAAAAGAAAAGGGAGGUACCAUAACAGAAGAUCCCUUUUCACAUUCUGGAGCUACAAAAAAGACCUCUAAGAAGUCUAUUCGGGAUGAACAAAACUUGCAACACUCAAGCCACGAUACACACAGCUUCUUGAAAUCUCGCAAGAAGCACAAGCCACCUACAGAUCCCCAUCCUCUUUCUCCUGCUGAGGGCUUCAGCCCAGACACAUCCCUCUUCCCUGAAGGCCAAAGCAGUGAUUUUGAGCUUUCAAACUUGGAGCCACAAAUGGAAUCUGGAUCUUCAUCUGGAGGUGAGUUGGAAGCUGGAGAACUAGUCAUUGAUGAUUCAUAUCGGGAGAUAAAAAAGAAAAAGAAAUCAAAGAAGAGUAAAAAGAAGAAAGACAAGGAGAAACACAAGGAGAAAAAACACUCUAAAUUGAAGAAGAGUUCUGGACUCUCUUCAUCACCAGCAGCAGUGGAAAUAACACCACAACUGCCUGUUUCUCCAACUAGCAUCCAGUUUGCUCUACCUGCCCCUCCUCCUUCUCCCUCACCACUACCACCUGUUUUCUGUACAGAUAGCCUGAAUGAGAAAAAGAAGAAGAAAGAAGAAAAAGAGAAGAUUGAAAAAAUAGAAAAAGAAAAGCCAAAGAAGAAAAAUAUGUCUGCCUACCAAGUAUUCUGUAAGGAAUAUCGUGUGAACAUUGUGGCUGAGCAUCCAGGAAUAGAUUUUGGUGAGCUGAGCAAAAAGCUAGCAGAGGUUUGGAAACAGCUUCCAGAGAAAGAUAAGCUGGUUUGGAAGCAGAAGGCUCAGUAUUUGCAACAUAAGCAGAAUAAAGCAGAAGCAACAACAGUGAAGAGGAAAGCAAUGUCAUCAGAAGGUUCCCCAAAAUUGAAAGCUUCCCUAACAACCGUGCCUUCACCCCAUAAAAAGUCCCCAACUAGCACGAUGGUAUUAUCCUCUUCACCAGUGAAGGUUCCUGAGACAGAUCCCAUUGAUGUAGCUGCACAUCUGCAGUUACUGGGAGAGUCUCUGAGUCUUAUUGGCCACAGGCUGCAGGAGACUGAAGGAAUGGUAGCCGUAUCAGGAAGUUUAUCAGUACUCCUGGAUUCAAUUAUUUGUGCUCUGGGCCCUUUGACUUGUCUAACAUCUCAGUUACCUGAGCUAAAUGGCUGCCCCAAACAUGUUUUGUCAAACACAUUGGAUAAUAUUGCCUACAUAAUGCCCGGUCUUUGACAAAAAAAGCGACUGUGGAAAGUAAUCUACUGCCAUGCUACUGGUGUGUAUACAUAUAUAUUGCGUUCUUCAAGUCUCAACCUACAGAAUUUUAAAGAUUUUUGUCAAUACCUGUUUAACUUGAUUUUAUGAAAAAAGUCCAGAACUUAAAUUUGCAAGAAUUGGAAGAUGUUUUCUUAACUCUGUUUCUAUAUAACUAGAGUUUAGUAAUUUUUUUAUAUAUCAGCCUUAAUGUAAAAGGAAAAGAUACAUUGAAUUAUUUUAAUUAGAAAUGUAAAACAGAGCCCUGUGAUGCAGUGGUUAAAGUGCAGUGUUGCAGGCAAACUAUUCUGUCCACAGCAUUGAGUUUGAUCCUGACAGGGCUCAAGGUUGACUCAUCCUUCCAUCCUCUGAAGGACGGUAAAAUGAGGGCCUAGACUAUUAGGGCAAUAUGCAAAUAAUGCUUCAACAUUGUAAGCCAUCCAGACAGUGCUAUAAAGAGCUAUGGGGUUGUAUAUAAGUCUAAAUGUUUUUGCUAUUGCUA